AUGCGACUUUUUGUGCUCCUCAGUAUCAUUGGUAUGGCGGCCGGUCAGUACACAUCGCAAACCUAUCCAGAUCCACGACUGGAUCCGCUCACGUGUCGGCUACCUUUCGCCAGCAACGUCUGUGACCCGUCCGCCGUGCUUGCAGAUGAAGAUCGUGUACGCCUCAUGCAAAAGAUCAACCAGUUCCGACCAAUCACUUCUGGCAUUCGCAAUACAUCACCAGCUUGUGCAUUUCAACCGGAGCGAAACCUCGACAUCUUCUUAGUGAUUAUGGACAAAAUUGGAAGCGUACCUGGAGCACCUGUAGAUAUCGAGAAAUUCGCCAACAACCUCAAAAGACGUUUCCAGAAUUAUCAGGACGUGUCCAGCUGCGAUACAAUGGUUCUUAUUGUGAAUUCCAAGCAGGACCGACAGGUAUUCACCGUUGCUGGGCGGGACGCUCGCAUUUCCAAAGACACCCUCAAGAAUGCGUUCGAGCGAAACGUUGGGCACUUCAAAAGCGGCAAUUAUGCCAUGGGUCUGGAGGGAAUGAUAGAAAUGGUGGUGGCUGCCUACACGAAUGCUCAUAUUGUUCAGGUGCCGAGCCCUGGUUCAACUAAUCCAGUGUAA